AAAAGAUAUCCAGACCAGAUAAACCAUUAGUACCGAAGAACGAAGGGACGCACGGCUCAUCGCAGAUAAACCGCCGCGGAAGAUGGAUGAAGAACAGGUCAAAAUGCUCAGGAGAGCUUUCUCCAUGUUCGAUUCAACCAAGUCCGGUCGGAUUGAGAAAGAAAAAGUGAGAACUAUUCUCAAUACUCUGGGGCACACUUUCGACGAUCAUGACCUCGAGGUACUUCUCAAACAGGAGGACGAGGAAGGUAGCGGCAAAUUGAAUUUCGACUCGUUCUACCGGGUGGCGUGCCACUUCCAAGAAGAGGACGACGAGGCGUUGCAGAAGGAGCUCAAAGAAGCUUUCAGGCUGUAUGACAAGGAAGGGAACGGUUACAUUCCGACGAGCUCUCUGCGAGAGAUUCUCGCGGCUCUAGACGAUCAGAUAACGCCCGAUCAAAUGGACGGGAUGAUCGCUGAAAUUGAUACCGACGGCUCUGGCACUGUCGACUUUGACGAGUUCAUGGAAAUGAUGACUGGCGAUUAAACCGGGCCGCAUAUUCACCGUCUCACGUGAAAGGAAACGCCUGCAUUUUCCUGCUGCGAUAUAUUUCCGUCAAUCGUGGUUGGACGUCAAAUUGAAGUCGGAAUCCUCUAUCGAAAUUGAAACCUCGCGGAGAGAAAAUCGAAUGCACAUUUAUUCGCUUCAUAUCUGGAUAAGGGAUCAACGAGACUUCGAAAAACUUCAUUUCACUCACACUGUUUAAAAUUCAUUAAGUAUUCAAUUAAAUGAUACCUGUGAUGAUCAUACAA